UUUUGUUUCAUUUUUUUUUUUUGUUUCCCGCAGGGUUUACUUUUUUAACUUGUGGGCUUCCGUAGAUGCGGAAGUCUUGUUUCACAACUGAGUGUCCGUGCCCGGCGUGACAUUCACCGCUGUGUCAGCUGAGUUKGGGUUGUGUUGAAGUGUCCAGCCAAAAUGAGAAUACUGAAAUCUGGUUUGUGUUUGACUAAAUCGCAGCUUUUUGCACCAGGAAGCGUCACGCUUAAAAAGGUGCUCAUUAAUAGCUGUCGGACGUGCUCUUCUGUUGUCUUCCCCAACGAGAGGAUUCGUAACAUCGGUAUCUCGGCUCACAUUGACUCAGGGAAGACCACCCUGACUGAGAGGGUCCUCUUUUACACUGGCAGGAUAGCAGAGAUUCAUGAGGUGAAGGGGAAGGAUGGUGUUGGAGCCACUAUGGACUCCAUGGAGCUGGAGAGGCAGAGAGGCAUCACCAUCCAGUCAGCAGCUACAUACACCAUGUGGAAGGACCACAACAUCAACAUCAUUGACACGCCAGGUCAUGUGGACUUUACCAUCGAGGUGGAGCGAGCGCUACGUGUGCUGGACGGGGCAGUGCUGGUCCUGUGCUCGGUGGGAGGCGUCCAGUGUCAGACCAUAACGGUCAACAGACAGAUGAAGCGCUACAAUGUGCCCUUCCUCUCCUUCAUAAACAAACUGGACCGACAGGGAGCCAACCCGGUCCGAACCCUGCAGCACCUGAGAUCCAAACUGAACCACAACACYGCGUUUGUGAACAUCCCAAUGGGCCUGGAGGGGAACAUGCGUGGCAUCAUCGACCUCAUAGAAGAGCGCAGCGUGUWUUUCGAUGGGCCGUUUGGUCAGACCGUCCGCUACGACGAGAUCCCAGCAGAAUUUCGAGCUGAAGUUGCGGACCGAAGGCAGGAACUGGUGGAGUGUGUCGCUAAUGCCGAUGAAACUUUGGGCGAGAUGUUCCUGGAGGAGAAGUUUCCCACUAAGGACGAACUCAAGGCGGCGAUCCGUCGAGCCACGUUGAAGCGUCUCUUCACCCCGGUGCUGGUGGGCACGGCGCUGAAGAACAAGGGCGUCCAGCCUCUGUUGGAUGCCAUCGUGGACUACCUGCCCAACCCGAGUCAGGUCAAGAACUACGCCAUCCUGAAUGAGGAAAAUUCCUCUGAAUCCUCAAAAAUUGAAAUGGACUCGACAAGAGACUCUACAAACCCCUUUGUUGGUCUGGCCUUUAAGCUGGAGGCCGGUAGGUUUGGCCAGCUGACAUAUAUUCGAGUGUAUCAGGGCUGCCUGAAGAAAGGAGAGAGCAUCUACAACACGCGCACAAGCAAAAGGGUCAGAAUUCAAAGGCUGGUGCGUCUCCACGCUGAUCAGAUGGAGGAUGUGAACGAGGUCUACGCAGGAGAUAUCUGUGCGUUAUUUGGGAUCGACUGCGCCAGCGGAGACACUUUUUCAUCCAAGACGAGCAUGAACCUCUCCAUGGAGUCCAUUCACGUCCCAGAGCCGGUCAUUUCCAUGGCAAUGAAGCCAGCUAAUAAAAACGACAUAGACAAAUUCUCCAAAGGCCUGAACCGCUUCACCAGGGAGGACCCGACGUUCCAGGUCCAUUUUGACAAUGAGAGCAAAGAAACCAUCGCCUCAGGCAUGGGAGAGCUGCAUCUAGAAAUCUACUCCCAGAGGAUGGAAAGGGAGUAUGGCUGUCCCUGUCUGAUGGGGAAACCCAAAGUAGCUUUCAGAGAAACCAUCACCGGUCCUGUAGAGUUUGACUACACUCAUAAAAAACAGACUGGCGGUGCAGGGCAGUACGGUAACGUUAUCGGGGUCCUUGAGCCUCUGGACCCYGAGUUCUACACCACCGUGGAAUUUGAAGACAGGACUGUUGGAAACAACGUGCCGAAGCAGUUUGUGCCGGCUGUUGAAAAGGGCUUCAGGGAAGCCUGUGAGAAGGGAAUCCUCAGCGGAUACAAGGUCUCAGGGCUCCGAUUCGUCCUGCAGGACGGAGCGCAUCACAUUGUCGACUCAAAUGAAAUCGCUUUCAUCCGCGCAGGAGAAGGUGCUGUGAAGCAAGCGAUGGCGAAUGCCAGCUGUGUCAUUCUGGAGCCAAUCAUGUCUGUGGAAGUCGUUGCGCCUCACGAGUUCCUAGGAGCGAUCAUCGCUAGCAUGAACCGCCGUCACGGCGUCAUCACGGCACAGGAUGGCGACGACGCAUAUUUCACUUUAUACGUCGAUGUCCCACUAAACGACAUGUUCGGCUACUCCACAGAACUACGCUCCUCCACUGAAGGUAAAGGAGAGUACACCAUGGAGUACAGUAGAUACCAGCCCUGCCUGCAGUCCACACAGGACCAACUCAUACACAAGUAUCUGGAGGCCACAGGACAGCUGCCUGUAAAGAAGGACAAGUGGAAGGCCUGAACCGCCUGCUGAACUGUUUAUCGGACUGAAACGUCAUCUCUUCAUUGUCUUUGCCCUUUAUCAACCAGGUCAAGGCUUAGAGGCAGAUAAAACUUGGUCAUUUUACUUUUAUUUAGUGUUUUAAGCCCUCUCUUCAUGUCUGWCCCUUAAGUAAACAUGUUUAUUUUCUUAUUUUUGCACCAUUUAAACACCACACUGCAGCCAAUCUUCUAAAAUAAGUACGUUUAACAAGCUUUGUGUAGCUUGUAGUGGAUUUUGUGCUAUGUACAGAAUGGUCGUGAUGUAAAGAUAUUCUCCUUUUAAA